ACAUUUUGUUGUCUGGCAACGACUAUGCGAAGGUCGCCCUCUUGUUCAAGUUCAUGAACAUGGGGAUGGUGAAGAAGAACACCUUCGUGUCCAUUCAGGACGCUUACUGUGUGGACACAGUGAAGAGCUUCUGGGAAGAGAGGAGGACUGAGGCCCUCAGUGGCCUUCAGGGGAAAGAUGUUGUGGUCCUAGCGGAUGGCAGAAAUGACUCACCAGGCCAUCGUGCACAUUACUGCAGCUACGCCGCCAUGGAGAAUGACACUAAGGAGAUCAUUCAUGUUGCCACCAUCAACAAGCAGCAGACAUCCUGCAACUCUGUCGUCAUGGAGAAGGAGGGUUUUAUCGAGACUAUGGACAAGCUUACAUCAGAGAUAAAGCUAGUGGAGAUCUGCACAGGUGCUAAUGCUCAGAUCGCAGCCCUUAUGAACCCAGAUGAGGGCAGAUACAAGGAUCUUGGAAUUCAUCACAGUCUGGACAUGUGGCAUGGUGCCAAGAACCUGGUCAAAAGAAUAGCUGCUGCAGCAAAGAUGGAAGGACAGGUCACCCUCCUCAUCUGGCUGAAAGACAUCGCAAACCAUUUCUGGUGGUGUUGUAAGAAAGCUGACACAACUGAGAAGUUUUUGGCACUGUGGGUUGGCAUCACUUACCAUGUGUGUGACGUUCACACCUGGACUAAUGGAAGGUGUCAACAUGGGCACCUGGAAGAAACACGUGGAAAGGCGUGGAUCCAGAAAGACUCCAGGUGCCACAAAGCUUUAGUGGACAUCGUUCUCAAUGAGCGUUGGCUGAAGGAUGUGCAUAAAUACCUGCGCUUCAGAUCAACUGCAGACCUAGAGGCUUUCCACAACCAUAUAUUGAUGUAUGCCAGCAAGCGCUUCACCUUCAGUCCCCCAGUUUAUGAGGCAAGAGUUCUGCUUGCUGCUCUGGACUAUAACUUCCACCGGAACCGACCAACAUUAAAAACAGCAGACGGCAAAGAGAUUUUCAGAAGGCUGUACAAGAAAAAUGGCAGAAGUUACAACUUAUAUGCCCUGAAAUCUGAAAAAACCUACUACUACAUCUCUGAGCUGCAAGCAAGGAUUGUAAAGAGGAGAAUCACAAGUGGAGUGGGGAUGCCUAGAAUUAAGACAGUGUUGCCUGCAGAUGUCCAGCAGCUGUUGGUGAUUAAAGAAGAGGUUCCCUCUGAGUGGAGCCCCAGUCUGGACCAGGAGGAUCCAGAGCUCCUACACAUAAAAGAAGAACAGGAGGAACUCUGGAUCAGUCAGGAGGGAGAGCAGCUUAAUGGACUGGAGGAGGCUGAUAUCACCAGGUUCCCAUUCACUGCUGUUACUGUGAAGAGUGAAGAUGAGGAAGAGAAACCUCAGUCUCCACAGCUUCAUCAAAGCCAAACUGAGGACAACAGAGAGGCAGAGCCUUCAGCCAGCAGCUCAGCUACGCAGAUAAAAACAGAAACUGAUGGAGGAUCAGAACCUGCUGGGAACCUUGAUCCAGAUAGUCAUUUACAACCAGAUACUGCUGAAAAAGCUUCAGACACUGAAGUCAGUGAAAAUGACUGGCAAGAACCUUUGUCAGAUUCUGAAGAUGAAACUGAAGACAGUGGCAAUGGUUGGAAGGAGACCAGAGCACCUGAGUCAGGUGUAAAUGCUCUGAAAUAUAAGGAAGCUCCUGUAAGUGAUGCAGGAUGUAAUGCUGGGAAAGAAUCAUUUAGCUGCUUAGAGGGUGGUAAACAAUACAACUACGAUGCCUCUCUCAUGAUUCACAUGUUAAAUCAUUCAGAAAAAAGGUCCUCCAGCUGUGUGGUUAAUAAAAAAUGUUUUAGAAGGAAGAAAAAUGUGGAUUCACAGAGGAGAGUCCACACAGGAGAGAAACCAUUUAGCUGUGAUGUUUGUGGUAAAAGAUUUACCCAGCGCUCAAGUCUUAAGACACACAUAAAAGUCCACACAGGAGAGAAACCAUUUCGCUGUGAUGUUUGUAGGAAGAGAUUUAACAAGCAGUCGAAUCUUAAGACUCACAUGAGAGUCCACACAGGAGAGAAACCAUUUAGCUGUGAUGUUUGUGGGAUGAGCUUUACCUAUCAGACAAGUCUUAAGAGACACACGAAAGUCCACACAGGAGAGAAACCAUUUAUCUGUGAUGUUUGUGGUAAAAGAUUUUACCGGGAGACAGAUCUUACAAUACACAUGAGAGUCCACACAGGAGAGAAACCAUUUACAUGUGAUGUUUGUGGAAUGAGAUUUACCCAUCAGACAAGUCUUAAGAGACACAUAAAAGUCCACACAGGAGAGAAACCAUUUAACUGUGAUGUUUGUGGUAAAAGAUUUUACCGGGAGACAGAUCUUACAAUACACAUGAGAGUCCACACAAGAGAAAAAACGUUUACCUGUGAUGUUUGUGGUAAAGGAUUUACCCUUAGCUCAAGUCUUAAGACCCACAUAAGAAUCCAUACAGGAGAGAAACCAUUCAGCUGUGAUGUUUGUGGUAAAAGAUUUACCCAGAGCUCAAGUCUUAAGAUCCACACAAGAAUCCACACAGGAGAGAAAACAUUUAACUGUGAUGUUUGUGGUAAAAAAUUUUACUGGGAGAAAGAUCUUACAGUGCACAUAAAAGUCCACACAGGAGAGAAACCAUUUGGCUGUGAUGUUUGUGGUAAAAAAUUUUACUGGGAGAAAGAUCUUACAAAGCACACGAGAGUCCACACAGGAGAGAAACCAUUUUGCUGUGAUGUUUGUGGUAAAAGAUUUACCCAGCAGUCAAAUCUGAAGAGACACAUAAAAUUCCACACAGGGUAGAAACUGUUCAGUUGCAGGGUUUGUUGUGAAAGAUUGUGUUGGUAAGAAACAGCAGAUUUCACUCUUUAAUUGUUUCAGUUUUUGUUUUUCCUCAUGUUGUGGUCUUUAACAAAUAUUUCGUUUAUGGAGAUUGAUUGAACGGCUCUGUGUGGUAAGUAAACGAAAUGCCACAUGUACCAGUAGCAUCGGAUAUAAAACAGACUAAUGAACACGCAUUUGUCAUGGCCUGUUGUGGCUGAAUCCAUAUAGAUAAAUGGAAGAUGAAAAUUUACCAUUUGAGCUCCACUACCCAUCUAGCACAAGCAUGUCACCUAUUUUAUUGGAGUUGUCUGGGCGUUCUCAUAAAAUGUGUGUGUUCGUCCAUACAGAAAGAGUUUUUCACAAUGGCUCCUGCUCUGUAUUUUUCUCCAGAUGAAAGUAUGUUGAUAGUGACACGAUAUGAGGAGUUAUAGAGUUUAACGGCUACAUCUAACAUCGUGGUGGCCAACAAAGUCAGGGAGGAAUGUUGGUAUCCCACUGAGUAAAUUUGUAUUUAUCUAAACUGUUUUUUUUCUGUUUUGUAUUUUGUGGACUCAUGUUAUGUUUAAUAUGCUUAAUAAUGCUAUGUCCAUUGUAAUAAAAAAUGGAGCCGGGGUAAUAAAAAUGAUAAACUUGAA